AGGCACCCCUGCUGAACCCUCUAUCCCCCGUAUCACCGACACCCACGCCGACAGCAUCAGUCUGGCCUGGUCUCGGCCCGUUGAUGACGGAGGCGCCGACGUGAUGGGCUACAUCCUGGAGAUGCAGGAGGCCGGGGCUGAGGAGUGGAAGAAGGCCCACGAGAAGACGCUGAGAUCCGCCGAGCUGACGGUAACCGGGCUCUCCGCCGGGAAGAAGUACUGCUUCAGGGUCGCCGGCAUCAACGUCAACGGCACCGGAGACUUCAGCGAGCCGUGUGCCGAGACCGAGCCCGUGGAGAGACUAGAAACUCCAGACUUUGAGCUCCAUGACGACCUGAAGAAGACCAUCUGUCUGCGUGCCGGCGGAUCACUCCGCUUGUUCGUCAGCAUCACAGGUCGCCCGGUGCCCGCCAUCACCUGGAGCAAACCAGGGGUGGACCUGCAGAACCGAGGCUUCAUCGACAUCGGCAGCACCUCCACCACGCUCAUCAUCGAUCGGGUGCACCGCUACGACGCCGGGAAGUACACACUGGUGGCAGAAAACUCUGCCGGCAAACAGGAAGUCAACAUCCUGGUCAAAGUCUACGAUACUCCUGGACCCACCGGGCCCAUCAAGAUCAAGGAGCUGACCAAAGAGUCGGCCACCAUCUCCUGGGAGGCUCCGGCGGUGGACGGCGGCGCUCCCGUUAACAACUUCAUCAUCGAGCGUCGCGAGGCGUCCAUGAGAGCCUACAAGACCGUCACCUCCAAGUGCAGCAAGACGUCCUUCAAGAUCGACGGGCUGAUGGAGGGCAUGCUGUACUACUUCAGGGUCCUUCCAGAGAACAUCUACGGCAUCGGAGAGCCCUGCGAGACCCCCGACAUCGUGCUGGUCUGCGAGGUUCCUCUUCCGCCGCAAAAACUGGAGAUGAUAGACGUCACCAAGAGCACCGUGACGCUGGGCUGGGAGAAGCCAGAGCACGACGGCGGCAGCAGGCUGACGGGAUACGUCAUCGAGGCCUGCAAGUUCGGCACCGACAAGUGGAUGAAGGUGGCCACGCUGAAGACCACGGACUUCGAGCACACCAUCGAGAAGCUGAACGAGAAAGAGCAGUACCUGUUCAGGAUCAAAGCCAUCAACAGCCGAGGAGCCAGCGAGGCCAAAGAGAUGCUGACGGCCAUCACCGUGCAGGAACAGAGAGUGCUGCCGGUGGUGGACUUCUCCAGUAUUCCUCAGAAGGUGGUGAACGUCCUGUCCGGAAAGACCCUGGAGCUGGACCUGCCUCUGGUGGGCCGGCCUCCUCCCGUCUGCUCCUGGUUCUUCAAAGAUAACAAGAUGAAGAAAACGGAGCGCGUCACCAUCCAGAGCACCGGCAAGUUCUCCAAACUCACCAUGAGCGACACCACCAUCGACGACAGCGGCGACUACACGCUGGAGGUGAAGAACGUCGUGGGCGUCAUCAGCGAGGUCGUGAAGGUCGUCGUGCUCUCUAAGCCCGAUGAGCCCCAGGGCCCAAUCAGGUUCGACGAAGUGGACGCAACCACAGUCUCCUGCAGCUGGGACUCCCCCCUCAGGGAUGGCGGUGCCCCCGUCAGCGGCUACGCUGUGGAGCAACGUGACGCCCACCGGCCCGGCUGGGUGCCAGUCUGCGACUCCGUCAGCCGACCUACAUUUAAGUUCGAGAACCUCAACGAAGGAGACGAGUACGUGUUCCGCGCCGCCGCUAUCAACCGCUUCGGCACCGGAGAGUUCCUGCAGUCAGAGAUCGUCACCUGCAGGAGCCUGAAGAACGUGCCUGGAACCCCGGGCCGCCCCACCAUCUUCGACGUUUCGCGCGACGGCAUGACGGUGGCCUGGAACCCGCCCGAGGAAGACGGGGGCCUCGAGGUUUCCGGAUACAUCAUCGAGCGCAAAGAGGUGCGUUCGGAGCGCUGGGUGCGCGCCAACAAGAACCCGGUGACCAUGACCCGGUACCGGUCCACGGAUCUGAUCGAGGGCCUGGAGUACGAACACAGGAUAACCGCAAUCAAUGCCCGCGGACAGAGCAAACCCAGCCCGCUGUCCAAACCCGCCGUCGCUACAGACCCCAUCGAUCCUCCUGGCUGUCCCCAGAACCCGAGGAUCACCGACACCACCAAGUCCUCCGUGUCUCUGGCCUGGAGUCCUCCCGACGACGAGGGCGACGCCCGGGUGGACGGCUACCUGAUCGAGAUGCAGAAGGCGGGCAGCAUGGCCUGGAUGAAGUGCAACACCACGCCAUCCCUCAUCUGCGAGUACACACUCACCCAGAUGCCUCAGGGCGAGGAGUUCAAGUUCCGCGUGAUGGCCUGCAACGCCGGUGGCUCCGGAGAACCCGCCGAGGUGCCGGGAACCGUCAUUGUGACGGAAAUGCUCGAAUCUCCGGACUACGACCUGGAGCUGAAGUACAAAGACUUGUACGUGGUUCGUCACGGAGGCGUGGUCCGCCUCUCCGUGCCCGUCAAGGGUAAGCCUCACCCGACCUGCACCUGGUCCAAGGACAGCGGCGCCUUCUCUGCCAAGGCCAUGAUCGCCUCCACAGAGGACGCCAGCGAGCUGGUGAUCAAGGGAGCGGAGAGGAGCGACACCGGCGUCUACGAGCUGCUGCUGCAGAACGCCAUGGGCAAGAAGAAGGCCACCAUCAAGGUGAAGGUCAUCGGACGGCCGGCCGCACCCCAGGGCCCGCUGAUGUUCGAAGAGAUACAAGCCAACUCUGUCAAGGUGUCCUGGAAGACGCCCGAAGACGAUGGUGGUGCAGAGAUCCUGGGCUACAUCAUGGAGAGACGUGAGGCGACGAGGAACGCAUGGUACACCGUGGACUCCAGAGUCACAGAAACACAUCUUCUGGUGAAGGGCCUGUCGGAGGGGGUGGAGUACCACUUCAAGGUGACCGCCGAAAACUCCUUCGGCAUCAGCUCCUCUCUGAAGUCCGAGCAGCCUCUGGUUCCCAAGACCCCCAUCUGUGUCCCCGAGGCUCUCAUCACCGCGCCGGAGAUCAUGGACGUCACCAAGAGCUCUGUGGCGUUGGCCUGGGUCAAACCAAAGUACGACGGUGGCUCUGCCAUCACGGGAUACUUCAUUGAGCACAAACUGGUGUCCGUGGAGACGUGGACGCGGCACAUGGUCGCCGUCAGCUCCACCAUGUUCACACUGUCCGGGCUCACGCCCGAUGCCGAAUACUCCUUCCGCAUCGUCGCCGCCAACGCAAUCGGACAGAGCGAGGCCGGGCCCACGUCCGAGCCCGUCACAUGCAAGGAUCCAUUCGACAAGCCUAGUCAACCGGGCGAGAUCGACACGGUUACCGUGGCAAAGAACUCUAUCGCCAUCCGCUGGAAGGCGCCAGCGUGUGACGGAGGAAAGGAGGUGCUCGGCUACUGGGUGGAACACAGGAAGUCCAUAGAGAGCAAAUGGACGAAGUCCAGCAAGCAGAUGCUGAAGGAGAAGGAGAAGGAGUUCACCGCCUAUGGCCUCGCCGAGGCAACCGAGUACGAGUUCAGAGUGUUCGCCGAGAACGAGACGGGCAUGAGCCGACCACGCAGGACCGCCACCUGCAUCAGGACCAAGCUCGGCGUUGAAACUGCACCGGGCCUGAGAAAGGAAAUGGACGAAGUGACAACCAAACUGGGCCAGCCCGGCGUUAUGAAGUGCCAGAUCAUCGGCAGACCCCUCCCCGACAUCAAGUGGUACCACACCGGCAAGGAGGUCAUCGAGUCCCGCAAGUUCGAGAUGAGCUCUGACGGCCGCAACCACUCGCUGUCCAUCAGCACGGACCAGCAGGAGGAUGAGGGCGAUUACACCUGCAAGGCUGUCAACGACGCAGGCGAGGCCGAGACCACCGGCACGCUGGUGCUGGAGGCCGCUGCACGCUUCCACCCCGACUACCCGCUGAAGGAAACCUACUACGCCGGCCUGGGGUCCACCCUGCGCAUCCACUGCGUCUACAUCGGCCGGCCUGAGCCCAAGAUCAUGUGGCUGCACGGCGCUAAGACCCUGGAGGACACAGACGACAUCAGCAUCGAGACCACCGGGUUCUACACCCACCUGGUGAUCAAGAACGUGCAGCGCAGAAAGCACGGAGGAAAAUACAGAAUCCGGCUGCACAACCACUUUGGCCGGGCGGACACCGCCUUCAACGUGGAGAUCUACGACAAACCUGAGAUGCCUCAGGGCCCCAUCAAGCUGGAGGCUCUGCUGAAGAACUCGGUCAUCAUCAGCUGGAAGGCGCCCGCAGACGAUGGCGGUUGCAUGAUCACAAACUACAUCGUGGAAAAGCGCGAGGACAAGGAAGGCACCGAAUGGGAACUGGUGUCCUCCUCCAUUAACGGCAUCUCCUGCCGCGUGCCCAACCUCAUCGACAGCGCCGGGUACUUCUUCAGGGUUUACGCCCAGAACCGCUACGGCAACAGCGAACCUCUGGAGCUCAGCGCCCCCAUCCUCAUCAAGAGCCAGCUGGAGAAACCAUCACCUCCUCUGUCCCCGGUUGUUUCCGGCAUCACCAAAGACUCCUGCGUGGUUUCCUGGAAGCCUCCUCUCAGCGACGGCGGCUCCAAGAUUAAGUGCUACUGCCUGGAGAAGAAGUUCAAGAAGGACAAGAAGGAAUGGAGCGAGUGGGCCGCGGUGACAAAGGAUGAGAUCAAGCAGACUGUGUUCUCCGCCAAGCGCCUGGUCGAGGGCGUCGAGUGCAUCUUCCGCGUGAAAUGCGAGAACCUGGGAGGUGAGAGCGACUACAGCGAGGAGACGGCGCCCAUCGUGCCGGUCACCGCUGUGGAUAUCCGUGCUCCUGCCUUCAAGGAGGAGCUGAGGAACAUGAGCGUCAAGUACAAGAGCAACGCCACCUUGGUGUGCAAGAUCCUUGGCCAGCCCAAGCCUGUGAUCAAGUGGUUCAGACGAGGAAAGGAGAUCCACUCUGACGGAAAGAAGAUCAAGAUCCAGGAGUUCAAGGGAGGCUACCACCAGCUGGUGAUCACCGAGGCGGACGAUGAAGACUCCACCGUGUACCAGAUCAGGGCCACCAACCAGGGAGGCUCCAUCUGCGCCACUGUGUCUCUGGAUGUGGAGAUUCCUGCUAAGAUCAACCUGCCGAAGAACCUGAAGGACAAGGAAGCCAUUCCCGCCCUGCGCGGAGAAGUGGUCAAUAUCAAGAUUCCUUUCAGCGGCAAACCAGAUCCUGUCAUCACAUGGCAGAAGGGACAAGAUCUCAUCGACAGCAACGGCCACUACCAGGUCAUCGUCACCAGGUCGUUCACCUCGCUGGUGUUCUCCAACGGAGUGGAGAAGAAGGAUGCCGGUUUCUACAUUGUCUGUGCCAAGAACAGGUUUGGAAUCGACCAGCAGACCGUCGAGUUGGAUGUGGCCGACGUUCCCGAUCCUCCACGUGGAGUCAAAGCCACUGACGUCUCCAGGGAUUCUGUCAGGCUGAACUGGGUGGCCCCCGCCAAUGACGGAGGCAGCAAGGUCGUCAGCUACAUCAUUGAGAAGUGCCCCACCACCGCCGAGAGGUGGGAGCGCGUCGUCCAGUCCAGAGACACCCACUACACCGUGACCGAUCUCUUCGGAGGAACCAGCUACCAGUUCAGAGUCAUCGCUGAGAACAAGUUUGGACAGAGCACCCCAUCUGAGACCAGCGGACCAAUCAUGACCAAGGAGGACAAAUCCAGAGUCCUGCUGUACGACCAGGAGGUGGACGAUAGUGGUCGCGUCCCCAGGGGCAAGAUUCACUCUGACGUCAAGAAUAUGCAUACCAAGUACGCCAUUGCAGAGGAGUUGGGCAGAGGUCAGUUUGGUAUUGUCCACCGCUGUGUGAACAUCACCACUGAGAAGACUUACAUGGCUAAAUACUACAAGGUGAGAGGCGCUGAUCAAGCGAUCGUCAAGAAGGAAAUCGCUACCCUAAAUCUGGCCAAACAUGAAAACUUCCUGCUCCUGCAAGAGUCCUUUGACAGCCCAGAGGAGCUGGUGUUGAUCUAUGACUUCAUAUCUGGCGCAGACAUCUUUGAGCGCCUCAGCACAGCCGAGUUUGAGUUCAAUGAGCGCGAGAUCGUCAACUACAUCCGGCAGAUCUGCUCGGCUCUUGAUUUCCUGCAUGAUGAGAGCUACGGACACUUUGACAUCAGACCUGAGAACAUUGUGUACACAACUCGAACCGGCUCUAAUGUGAAGAUCAUUGAGUUGGGCCAGUCCAGACACAUGACUCCUGGAGACAUCAUCAAAGUCCAGUACACCACUGCAGAGUACGCUGCUCCUGAGAUCCACCAGUGUGACAUGGUCAGCACCGUCACCGACAUGUGGGCGGUGGGUGUCCUCACCUACGUGCUCCUCAGUGGCCUGAAUCCAUUCACAGCUGAAACAAACCAGCAGAUGAUUGACAACAUCUCCAGUGCCGCCUACACCUACGAAGACGAGUCCUUCAAGCAGGUCAGUGUGGAGGCGUUGGACUUCACAGACCGCCUGAUGACGAAGGAGCGUAAACAUCGUAUGUCCGCGGCCGAGGCUCUGGUGCAUCCUUGGCUGACCAAGCCUGCAGAGGAGAUCAGCAGCAGGGCGAUGCAGACCGGCAGACACAAGAGAUACUACCAGACAAUGGAAAAGAAAGAGUGGAAGACAGUUGUCUCCGCAGCCCGUAUAGCCAGCGGCGGCUCCAUCAGAACCCAGCGUGGCGUCUUUGUCUCCAAGGUGAAGAUCGCUCCGUUUGAACACGGCCCUGUCGGAGGCCAGAUCAGCCAUGCCGUGGCGAAAGAGGGAAGCAAUGUGAAAUUUGGCUGCAACAUUGAAAACUACGACAGCACUACUGAAGUCACAUGGUACUGUGGCGUCAGGCAGCUUGAAGCUGGAGACAAAUAUGAAAUUGAAUUUGAGGACGGCCUGGCUUUCAUCACCAUCAACAAGGUCACAAGGGCAGAUGAUGGCACCUACAGAUGCAAGAUUGUGAACGAGUAUGGGGAGGACAGCGCCUACGCAGAGCUGUUUAUCAAUGGUGUCAGAUCUUACCGCGACUUCUUCACCGCCCGCGUGGUAAAGAAGACGAAGCGCAGAGUGGACACUGCCAGGAUGCUUCAGAAGCCUCCGGAGUUCACUCUUCCUUUGGUCAACCGCACCGCCUACAUUGGUGAGGACAUACGCCUUAGUGUCACCGUCACAGUUCACCCAGAGCCUCGUGUCGUCUGGCACAAAUCUGGACAGAAACUGGUCCCUGGACAAGAUGAAAAGAAAUACACCUUUAUCAGCGACAAGGGCCUGUACCAGAUGAUCAUCCACAAACUUGAGGAUGAGGACGAAGCCGAGUACAGCGUUGUGGCACGCAACAGUUUUGGUGAUGACAGCUGCAAGGCUCGUAUCACCGUUGUUCCCCGGCCUAAACCAGCAGACCUCACCUUGAGGCCAAUGUUCAAACGCCUGCUCGCCAACGUGGAGUGCCGGGAGGGCCAGAAUGUGCGCUUUGAGAUCAGAGUAUCCGGACAUCCCCAAUUGAAGUGGGAGAAGGACGGCAUGCCUUUGGCCUUUGGACCGUCCAUCGAGGUCAUCCAUGAGGGUCUUGAUUACUACAUCCUUCACGUAGGAGGCACUCUGAUUGACGACUCCGGUGUUUACCGAGUCACUGCUACCAACUCUGCCGGCUCCGCCAGCUGCCAAGCAACACUCAAGGUCGAGCGGUCCACUCACGUGAGGAGGGAAGUCGAAAUGAGUGCCAAGGAGAAGAAAGCAAUGGCUGGAAAGGCAGAAAUGGACAAAAAGGUGAGGCUGUCUCAGAUUAUGUCUGACACAGUAUUCAUACCUCUACCACCCUUGGCAGUGCAGGCAGUCAGGGAGGCAGCCUCCAUGUUCAAGCCCGCCGUGACCACAAAGAAGGGGGAGAAGACCGAGGCGGAGAUCCAGAAAGAAAAAGAGGAGAAGAAGAAGCGCGCUGAUGAAAAGAGGCUGCGCAUGCCAUACGAUGUUCCUGCUCCUCGCGUCAUUAACCCUGCGUCUCUCGUGGAGGACGUGGAGAUCAAACACUUCCAGCCACUCUCUGACAUGAAGUGGUACAAGAAGCUGCGAGAUCAGUACGAGUUCCCUGAGCCGAUGGACAAAAUCCAUCAGAAGAGGUUGAAGCGUAUCCGCCUCUCCAGGUGGGACCAGUUCUACGAGAUUCCUAUCAGGAUCAAGGACCAUUAUAAGCCCAAGUGGCGCAUCUCUGCCAUGACUCAGGACGACUUGGAGACCGUGAGGCCUGCAAGGCAGCGCUCUCCUUCCCCUGAGCUGGAAGCCUACCACCGCAUCAGGAGGAGGUCUCUGGGUGACAUGUCCGAUGAGGAGCUCCUGCUGCCUGUGAAAGAGUACCUGUCCAUGAAGAGGACUGAGGAGGAGAGGCUUCGUCUGGAGGAUGAGUUGGAGUACGGUUACUCUGCUUCCCCACCCAGUUUCAGCCCGGUGCGCUUCGAGCUUUCGGCCCUGCGUCCAUCAUCCCCAAGAAAAGCCUACAGCGAGGACGACGAGGCGGAAGAGGCCCGCAGAUACGACUCCUAUAGAAUCCCAUCUAAAUACGAGGCCGGACCCAGUUACGUUGACCUCCGCCAGCGACACGACAAAGCCACCCACAGACCUCAAAGACAGAAACAGAGGGUGCAUGAGGAGAGAGAAGACCAGGAGCUGCUGCGCCCUCACACAACCAGCCAGAGGUUAUCCACCUACAAGAGUGCGCUCAAACGCAUGGAGUUUGAGGAGAAGACUCGCACCUCUAAAAAGGAAACAACUGUCACCGUCUCGACCUUCUCUAAGGACGUCGAAUCUGAACACCUCACAUCCUUCACCUCCGAAUAUAUGCCCAAACCGAUCAAGAAGCUUGAAACACCUGAGCCCCACAUAAGGACAUCACGUAGCCAAGAAAGGUCUGCCGUGUCCGAUGCGGCCCUCACUAAAGUCGACUAUGCCUCCAGGUAUGAGGAGAGAAAGAUGGCUCUGAGAUCGGAGAGGAAAUCGGUGGAGAGGACUUUCGAGACGGUGACACAGGCUCCCUUCAGUCUUGACCACGGCCCCCGGAUCACCAUUAGGAUGCGGUCACACCGCGUACCCUACGGCUCCAACACCAGGUUCACCCUGAACAUCCAGGCCAGACCCGAGCCAGAGGUCAAGUGGUUCCACAAUGGGAAAGAGAUUGAUCAGACCGGCAAAUACCACAUGAGCCACCUCAGUGGGGUCCUGACUCUCAGGAUUAACAACUGCAUGACUGAAGACUCCGGCACGUACCGCGUGGUCUGCACCAACGCCAAGGGAGAGACUUCGGACUACGCCACGUUGGAUGUGGCCGGAGAGGAAUACGCUGCCUUCUCCUCGCUCCGCAAAGACGAGGAGCCUCCAUCCUCCCAUCUCCCAGAGAUGACCCGGACAGAGGAGUAUCACAUGUCCUCCUCAAAGACAACCGUGAUGGAGAGCAGGACUGAGACAAAGAGCACCACUGUUGUUGUUGAGAAGCGUACGGAGAAGACGACUUCUCCAGCCAAGAUCCUGAGCAAACCUCAGUCCCUGACAGUGGAGGAGGGAGACUUUGCCAGGUUUGAGUGUGAUGCGGACGGCGAACCGGCGCCUUCAAUCACCUGGCUGCACCAAGGAUCCUCCAUCGGAUCCUCUUUCCGUCACCACAUCAUCUCCACGCAGCGCAGCUCCUCCUUCGAGAUCUCCACCGUGGAGAUGUCGGACGAUGGCAGCUACUCCGUGUUGGUGGAAAACGCCGGAGGCAAACAAGAGGCCCAUUUCACUCUGACCGUCCGCAAGUCCGAAUCCAAGGAGAAACUGGCGGCCAGAAUCACCUCCCCUGAGGCCAAGUCCCCCAUACCAGUCAAGUCCCCCGAACCAAUCAAGUCUCCUCAGAGGGUCAAGUCCCCAGAGCCAAUCAAAUCCCCUCUGAGGGUCAAGUCCCCGGAGCCAAUCAAAUCCCCUCUGAGGGUCAAGUCCCCGGAGCCACUGAAGUAG